AUGUCACUUACAAGUAAGGAACUCAAUUAUCUUAUAUGGCGAUAUUUCCAAGAGUCGGGGUAUGACUUGUCUGCUUAUACUUUUGAUCGACAGUCGCAGUGUCUGAAGUACGAAGAUAACCUUAAUGAACAGAUACUCGAAAAGAUACAGCCGGGGUGUCUUGUUGAUUUGGUUCAAAAGGGAAUACUAUAUACGAUUGUGGAAACCGAAGCUUUAGAUGCAAGUGAAUACACCUUUUUAGGGUCAUUGGUGAGAAAUGAUUUGGAAAAUUUGCAAAAAAAUAACACAGUAGCGGCAGCAGCGGCGGCAGCGGCAGCGGCAGCUGGUGCUGGUGCUGGCGCUGCUGGUGCACCUGCACCUGCAUCUAGAUUCAAGUUGAAGAAUGAGGAGGUAAAGAAUCCGGAAACGGAGGAUUUCCUCAAUAACGAAGAAACUCCUCAAAACGACGACACUUUCCAAACAAUGGUGCUAAGUUCAAAGCUCAGUUUCGCUUCAAGUAUAACAUGUGCAUGGCAUCCCAUGGCAGAAUAUCCACACAUGGAAGUGUUUGCAUACGGCAAGUCCGACGGAAAAGCUAAUAUAAGUGCUUUGAGAAAUGGCGCUAUUGUAGAGUCAGUUGAGUUGAGUCAUCCAGAUAUUUUAAAUUUCAAAAAUAAUAUCAAUAUGGUCUCAUGGUCACCACUGGGGAAUACAUUGAUUACAACGGGGGCAUUCAGCGAAAUACGCGCUUGGUCUCCCAUGGGUAAGCUAAAAAACAUUGCUAAUACUGUAAUUGAUGAUUUUGGCAAGGAAACAGAAACAAAAAAGACUAUAAUCACCACCAUCUUAUGGAGUAUGCAGGGGAAAUUUGUUAUUACUAUAGCAAGCAAUAAUCAAGUGAAUGUGUGGGACGGAUUGACAUUGUCCUUGGUACGGCAGAUCAGGAAGGAGACAGAGGGUGAACCGUUGAUACUGGCAGUGUGUUGGCUAGCAGAGGACAAAUUUGCCAUUUCUACAAAUACCAAUCUGAUCAAAAUUUACGAUAUUAGACCGCCUCAGUAUGGAGGAGGUGGUGGAGGAGGAGGAGGAGUUAGCACUAGCACCAAUACUCAUGAAAUCUUUUCAAUCGGUAGCCUUGCCGGUCACGAUAACCACAUUUCAUCGAUGAAACUAAACAGUGAAUCUAAACUUUUAGCAACGUGUUCCGACUUUGAUUACGAAAUUAAGGUGUGGAGUAGCUUGUCAAGUCUGACUUGCUUGGAUUUAAACGUGAAAGCGGAUAAAAAACAAGACGUGAAGUUGCACACAUCGCCGAUCAUUGAGUUGGACUGGAUUCCUCUUUCGGCAAAGAACAUUCUUUUAUCAAUAUCCAUGGAUUCAGUAUUGAACAUCUGGGAUGCCGACACGGGAGAAAAUAUCAAGAGCUCAGAACUAUUUAAAUACAAGAAAAAUUUCAGUCAAGACCAGCAAGAGCAUAUUGGGAAAAAUAUUCUUACACUCAAUGCAUCAAUGUCGCCGAAUGGGAAACUUGUUGCAUUGGGCGAUGACUAUGGGAAAAUAUCCAUAUGGAACAUUGAUUUGGCAACGUACAAGUCACAAGAUAAGCAUUUUGUCAAGUGUGUUGCAAUAUACGUCCCGCUGGUACCUCAAGAAAUAGACCAGCAAAAGUCGCAUUUUGGAUUAUGUGAUUUAAAGUGGGAUCACGAUUCUUGCAAGUUGAUUGCUUCUUACCUUGGAGUGCAAAGUGUCUUGAUUGAUAUCCCGACAUCUUCGAGUCUAGAUGAGGAACAGAAAGAAGGAAAUAUGUAA